GGGGGGAUAAAAAGGGGGAUAGUGGUUUCCCUUGUUUUUUAUCAGCUGCCUUAUGCCCCACAGAGUCAGUGGAACAGAGAGUGAGACUCAUCCUUCAUUUAAGAGUGAUGAGUCCCAUCAUACCUUGGGUCACUGAGAGGGUGGAGGAUGUGACUGUGCUGCUCUAAUUGCACAGUCAGAGAGAGCGCUGUCCUUCCUAUAAGUUUCAUUGUGGAGGCACAUAAGUUGUUUUUUCCUAGAAAAGAAAGGAAAGCUUUAGAGAGAGAGAAGACUUAAGUAGUGCAUGUUGCUCUGAGCUACUUUUUUGAGAAGGUAUGGGAAGCAUGGAGGAUAUCUGCUCUCUCCUACCAAACUGUUUUCUCUGCACUACUCGUGUAGGGACUGAAUUAUGAUUAGGUUCCUGUAUGUGGAUGAGGCUACUUGGUGACCGGGGCGGGUGAAGGUCUAUCAAUCCUGUAUUGGCAUUUGCUGAGGUGUCAGAAUGCAUGCAGGCAGAGGACUGAUUGCAUUAUGCAAUAUUUACUGAGGGAGGAGAAAUUUCUGCUGAUAAUGGAUUGUUGAGUAGCUGAUUAAAAUGGGGUAAAGGUUAGGGGUCUACACGUGUGUAUGAACGUGUGUGUUCAGUGCUGACUGACACAAGGGGAAUGUGCAGUACCUCUCCUGUCUAUCCUGUCAACCCAGUCCUGACUGGGAGAUGGGUCAGGAAAGAAGGGAGCAUUGUACAUGCAAGGUAUCAUUGAAAGAGAUGAAACACCUAUGGAGAAAGAAAUCGCGGGUCUACAUCGAAUGGAGUUCCGAUUCUCCGACAUAUUCUACUUCUGCAGAAAAGGAUUUGAGGCCAUUGUGGAAGAUGAAGUCACUCAGAGGUUUUCCUCUGAAGAGCUGGUCUCCUGGAAUCUCCUCACAAGGACUAAUGUCAACUUCCACUACGUCAGCCUGAGGCUUACUGUUGUGUGGGUCAUUGGGGUUAUGGUGCGAUACUGCUUCCUUCUGCCACUCCGCUUUACUCUCGCUGCCAUUGGGAUUACCUCAAUGAUUGUGGGGACAACAGUGGUAGGACAGCUGCCGAACGGCAGUCUGAAAAACUAUCUGAGUGAAGUGGUGCACCUCACAUGCUCCCGGAUCCUUGUGAGAGCUCUGUCUGGAACUAUCCAUUACCAUAACAAGGAGAACAAACCUCAGAAAGGAGGCAUUUGCGUUGCCAACCACACAUCACCCAUAGAUGCGAUCAUCUUGACCAACGAUGGAUGCUAUGCAAUGGUUGGCCAAGUUCACGGUGGAUUGAUGGGAGUUAUUCAAAGAGCCACCGUGAAGGCCUGUCCUCAUGUCUGGUUUGAGCGCUCGGAAAUUAAAGACCGCCAUCUAGUGACAAAAAGACUCAGGGAACAUGUGGCAGAUAAGAACAAGCUUCCAAUUUUAAUUUUCCCAGAAGGCACCUGUAUAAACAAUACAUCUGUGAUGAUGUUCAAGAAGGGCAGCUUUGAAAUAGGAGGGACAAUCUAUCCUGUUGCAAUCAAGUAUGAUCCUCAGUUUGGAGAUGCAUUCUGGAACAGCAGCAAAUACAACAUUGUCAGCUACCUGCUGCGAAUAAUGACCAGCUGGGCCAUUGUUUGCCACGUGUGGUACAUGCCACCAAUGGUUAGAAAGGAAGGAGAAGACGCUGUUCAGUUUGCCAAUAGAGUCAGGUCAGCCAUUGCUCGCCAAGGGGGACUGACUGAACUUCCCUGGGAUGGAGGUCUGAAACGAGCCAAAGUGAAAGAUAGUUUCAAGGAAGAACAACAGAAAAACUACAGCAAGAUGUUAGUGAGAAAUGGAUCACAAGGAAAUCUGCCUGCAGGAACAGAGUCAGACUGAAACGUGGUUCUUAUAAACAAGUAUUGUGCAACCAGCCUGAGCAGGAAUAGUGUUUUUCUUUUUUUAAUUAACACAAAAACAAAGCAACAAAAUCCCUUUUGUGUAUGCAUAUUCUCUGUGUGGCUGGUGCAGAGCCUGCUAACAACAGCGUCUCCUUAUCUCUUUUCACUUCCUCGUUCCUCUGAAUUUUUGUGCAAUAAGGCACUGUAAGUCCUUAUAUUCUCCUGCAGGACAUGUGAAGAGUCAAAAGACUAAAGGGGUUAAAGAAAAAAAACCUACCACCUCUCUCCUGAGCUUGUAAGAAUAAAGGGAAGUACACUGAGUAAUGUCAGGGGGCUGGUUGUGCAGAUAAUUCUUGUUUGUGGUUCUUGGAAGCUUUAAACAAUUUUCUUCUGUUGCUCAGACUUUUCUAGUUGUCGGUUUCUUAAAUGUUUUAGGAUGAUGUCAGAACUGUAACAUUGACUGCUUUUGUUAGCUUGCACCUGGAUGUGCAAGGGGAAAGGGGAGAAAGGGCUGCAGAACUCGAAGGAUAGGAAAGGAGUUUGCCUUGCCAAAAGUGCAGUUGAAAGACUGUUUCACCGAGUUUGGUGGCCUUACAACGUGGAAUUGCCUUUAUUGAAAACUGUUUCUGAAGGGAAGGGGCAAGCCCUCCAUCUCCCUGCCCACUGCUGCUGUCAAAGUUUCCUUAGAUCACAAACUAUAAGGAUUUGUUAUGCAGCUGGAUACCAUAGGCUUUGACAGAUGUGUUUUCAUGAAGUGGAUUUUCAGGACUACCCUUCUUCAAAAAUUGCUGCUAAUGACUGAAAGGUUUAAAGAGCCACUCCAAUUCAGUAAAACAUUUCUGGGCUAGCAAUAGCUACAGCUGUAAACAGAGGAUCUCUAAGUCAUCUAUGAUACAAGUGUUCGAAGUCGCAAUAUGUUGCUGUCUUAAUGUAAAGAGUUAAUAAAUUCUAUAUUUCUAAUGA